UCUACCACCACUCUACUGUGAAUUUUCCCGCUCAUAUACGCAGUUUUAUAAAUUUAUUAAUAGUUCAAAACUGUAAUAUAGUGUUAAAAAUGUCUAAAACAGAAUACCAUAAACUGCUUAAAGCUCUGGAGGACAUGAAUAAAUGUUUAUUCUGUGUAGAAUGCCAUCAAUUUUGCCAAAAUCCAGUGACUCUAAGUAAAUGUUUUCAUUUGAUCUGUUCAGAGCAUUUUACAAAUUUGUCUCAUUGCCCGAAGUGUAAAGUUUCUCUAGAAGGCUGUAUAACUUGGUCGGACGACAAAUUAAGUGAUGCUAUUCACGCCGCGAAGAACUUGUCUGUAAUGUUUGAACCUCUUAAUGAAUACAGUUCUUACGAUACAGUUGUUUCUGUCCAAUCGUCCGUAGAAAAAGCUCCAAAACCUGCUUCCGAUCAAGAUAUUUUGAAUACUUCGACUUUAUCCUUAGCUUCGAAUAUUUCUAAGUUUAGUAAAAUAACAGAGAAAAGAAACAACAAAGGUGAGACAGCAUUACACAUCGCCUGCAGGAUGGGAAAAGCUGACAAAGUCACCAAACUGUUGAGCGAAGGAGCAAGUACGAACAAUAAAGAUAAUGCCAGCUGGACUCCGCUGCACGAGGUAGUGCAGAAUGGACGGCAGGACUUAGUUAAGCUUCUGUUGAGACACAAUACGCUAGUUAAUGUGCCAGGACCGGGCAAUGAGACUCCCUUACAUGAGGCCAUUCGGUACAACCACAUAGACAUUGCUAAAGACCUGGUUACUCAUGGAGCGGAUAUUAAUGCUAGAAACUGCAAAGGAGAGACGCCCCUGACACUUGCAGCUCCUGAUAUAAGAGCAAUUAUUCAAGAUACUGCUGCAAAAAGAAUAAUAACUGAAGACAGUUUUGAUUUGGAAAUUGUUCAGAGACAGAUAGAGCUGGAUUGUGAAGAUAUCAGGGUGUUCUGUGUGUCACAGUCUCGCUUCGUCACCAACAAACUGAAAGCCCUCACGAAACAUCACGGCAACCUCCAUGUUGAACAAAAAUUCACUAACAAAGUAACACAUCUCAUAGUUGACGCCGAAGAUGGCAUCUGUGACUCCAGCCUCGAAGUCCUACAAGGCAUUGUCAAUAAUUUAUGGAUUUUAACUUCUAAAUGGGUGACAGCAUCUACUGAUGAUAACUUAGAAUCCUUUGAAGAGUAUGAAGUGCUAGGUGUUGGUGCUAUUACGUACAGAGGCCCAAAUAAUGCUCGCUACAACAAAUAUAAGCAUCUACCCGGCAUUUUCAAUGGCUGUCACUUUUACUUCCAUAAUUUUAAUACAAAAUACAAGAUUUCAGAUAAAAUAGAGGUUAACAAAGCUAUUUUAAGCAAGCUGGUUACGGAUGCUGACGGAGUAGUCCUAAGGCGGGCUCCAAACCCGGAAUCUAUACCAGAGGCAGAGAAGCUGGUGCCGUAUCAUGCCCAGAAAGACGGCAAACUUUACAACUGCUCGCAUUACAUUAUAUACAAGGAUUUGUAUGAGCCGCACUACAACAUGGCUCAUUUGAAGGCUCUGCCCAUUGGCUGGCUCAUUGAGUGCAUUGAGAAAUACCAGCUUUGCGAACCUUGGUGAUGAAACAUUGGCUUCAUUGUUGAUUUACAUUCAUAAAUCAUUAUUUUUGUAAAAUACUUUUACAAACAUAGAAUGACCUAUUUUAUUA